AUUCCCACCAGACAGACAAGCGAAGCGAGGUAAAUCAGAAACAACAAUUGAGGUGUGUUAAAAUAGGAUUAAACGUGUACCAAUUACCUGUUACCCAUCACAUCGAACUUAAUAGAGAUGGGCAAUUUCCCUAAGUUACCGGAAGGAACCGACCUUCCAGUGGGGACUCAUAAGGUAAAGGUUCUUAAAUACUUAUCUGAGGGAGGGUUUGCACACAUUUAUAAAGUUAAGAUUGAUCCACCAGAAGAUGAUUCUGAUAUUGCUUGCUUGAAAAGAGUGAUUGUACCAGAUAAGGCAGGAUUGAAUCUAUUAAGAAAAGAAGUUGAUGUUAUGAAAACCUUACGUCAUGGUAGAAAUAUCGUUAAAUAUUAUGAUUCUCAUGCAGAACGUCUAGAUAAUGGUACUUAUCAAGUAUUGGUAGUAAUGGAAUUAUGUCCCAAUAAAUCAUUAUUGGAUUAUAUGAAUGCUCAUAUAAAAACAAGAUUAUCUGAAAGAGAGAUUUUAAAGAUCAUGCUUGAUAUAUCAGUGGCCUUAUACGAAAUGCAUCGGUUAAAGAUGAUUCAUAGAGAUGUUAAGAUAGAGAAUGUCCUUAUUGAUUCAAGACAUGACUUUAAACUUUGUGAUUUUGGUUCCACAUCACCUCCAGUAUUACCUCCAAAGGAUCAACAAGCAUUCCAACUUUUAAGUCAUGACAUAUUAUAUCAUACUACUCCCCAAUAUAGAGCUCCAGAAAUGAUUGAUUUAUAUAGAGGAUGGGCUAUUGAUGAAAAAGCAGAUAUUUGGGCUUUAGGUUGUUUCUUAUUUAAGCUUUGCUAUUAUACUACACCAUUUGAAGCCAAUGGUGACAUAGCUAUCCUACAUGCAUCUUUUCAAUUCCCUCAUUCCCCUAUUUAUUCAGGAGACCUUAAAAAUUUAAUCAUUAUCAUGCUUCAAGAAAGUCCACUUUUCAGACCUAAUAUAAUUCAAGUUUUAAUGUUGAUUUGUUCAAUUUCAGCAAUUGAUUUCAAAACUUUAAAAGUGGAAGAUAUCUAUCAUCGUGGUCCUUAUAAUUUUCAAGCAUUACACAGUUAUCAACGUCAAAAGCAGGCCGAACUUCUCAAACAACAAGAAGUAUACUUGCAACAACAAGCACACUCAUUGGCGGGAUCGAAAAAUCCCAGCAGUGUUAGUCUUGUCAAUAAAUCAUUUGACAGCUCACCAGUCACACCUAGUCCUUCACAAGCCAAUAAAGUGGUUAAGCAAGCAGACCAAGCACCUCAAUUACAAAUACCAGAAGCAGUUCAGGGACUGACACUACCUAUUACUCAAAAGCCUCUCAGUGAUGGUUCUAACGUGUCACUAAUUGGAACCCAAACUGAGCCAACGACAAUUCUGAAAGUAAUCUCCAAAGAAUCAGACGAGGAUCAAAAUUCUGAUCUUGACUUUAAUGAUUUGGAUGAUUUAGGAGAUUUAAGUAACGCAGAAGAAAGAUAUCCAUCAUUGGAUGAUUUGUUAGAUGAACCAUUGAAAGUUCCUAUGUCCAAUAAUGAAAUUCAGGAUGGUAUUAUUAAUUCUCCAGUCACAAUUGAUAAUUUUGAAAGUAAAAGGGAAACUCUGAAUUCAUAUGCACCAUCCAUAAAGGUUUCUGAUAGCAUAUACGACCAGGAUUUCAACAUAUCUGACAAUAUUGAAGGUCGUAAGUCACAAGAGUAUCCAGAACUACACCUCACAGAAGAAAAUUUGAAGAACUUGAAAAAGUCUAAUGUGUCGGAAAAUAUGCUUGAUAAGAAGGAAAAUUGGAUUGGUUUGCAUUCAAAAAUGGACAAGAGUGCUGAACAAUUGGUAGAUGAUAUAUUUUCGAGUCAAAGUAAAUCACCAAUGCCAUUUGAAUCUCAACCCCAAAAGACCAAUCAAAGUUCAAAAUCGGAAAAUUCAGCCCUGAAGAGUAAUAUAAUGUCCGAGGAUGAAUCACAUUAUGUUGAGAGUAAAUCCAAUGAUGGCAGACAGAGAGAAAGAAAACCAUCGAAUAAUGAUAAUGAAAUUAACUUAAUAGAUCUUCAUGUUGAAACCCCAAUUUUAUCAAAAUCAAGUGAGGAUGUCAAUCAAGUAAGAAGCCAAAUAAACCCGCUGGUUUCAAUGGAAAAAUCUCAAACUACAAGUAACGAUCAACCAUCUUCUUAUAAUACGGUUUCAGUACCUAUGAAUAUUGGUGCAUCAAUCAACAUGAAUCCUUUCCCAUUCAUUCCAAAUCAAGAUAUAAAGAGUUCAGAAAAGCUUGAUUCUCAGAACCAGCGUACAUCUAGUUCAAACCCUUGGGGUACUUAUAGAGCCAAUGUUCAACCAGUGAUUAAUAAUAAUGAUUUCACCAACUUUGAGGCAGUUGCAUUACCAACAGAUGAAAAUAAUACGUCAAUGAAGAUGACUGACUCUUUAAGCAAUAAGCCACCGAAAGAGGAUUUUAUUGAACCUAACUUAAUUGAUCUAGAAAUUGGUUUAGAAUCUUCAGGAUCAUCAUUGAACACUCCAGUUUUAAAACCUAGGGUUAAGAGUAAUGAGAUGAGUAUUGCUGAGUCCGGUAUGUCACUUCUUGAUUUGAAUACUAAUGAUGAAAAUGAUUCAAAACAAGAGAUCAAGCAAACAUUUAAAAAGAGAAUACCUUCAAAUCAAAAUCCAACUAAUUUAAACUUCCAAGAAGAAGUUAUUGAUUUUGCAUCUGAUGAUGAAAAUCCUGAGAAUGGUUCAAAUUUGAAUAGAUUAAAGAUAAGGAAUUCUUUAAAGAAGCCUCCUAAAGCAAGGAGAUCAGGUGAAUACAAGAGAAAUGAAAGUGUUUCAAGCGAAGGAAAGAAGAGAUUAUCUUUCUUUGGAGGAUCUAGUUAAAUUAAAUUAAUAUUAUUAAUACAUAAGUUUUAGAUAGGAUUUUUUUGCAUAUAAAUUUAUUUUAUAAAUUAUGAUAACUAUAUGGUAGCGUGAGUUGAU